GUGUUGUACCUACUUCGAACUCGCGCGCGCGUGCGUACGAAACUAGUCCGUUCUCGCUACAGCGACUGCAGUGAGGAGGAGGAUUUAUCGCCGGCGACACGUCUCGUCCACGAUUUACGCUUAUUGCAGUGACCACAUAAUCGUAUGAGAUUAUUGUCCAUUAAUUACACAUUCAUACGACGGCUGCGUCGGGCAACAAGCGCGACCACUGUCCCACGCAAUCAUACGUGGUUGCAUCGUACCAGUAGCGCUUUACUGCGCUGUCCGAGAGCAGUACCGCGCGCAAGCUCGUCGUCGUGUAUAACGGCCGGUAAAAGUUUCGUCGUUACCAGUGCCCGCGGUUUGAAAUCGAACAAUUCGCGCCUUGCGGUACGAACGUCCCCAAAAGCGACGUCACGGUACACCUGCUGAGACUCAAAAUCCGGCAACGGCGCAGCGCACGCACCGUCCGGGGACCGUAUCAAAUGUGCGUGUGACACUCCGUUACAGCGUUGCCACGGUUAGCUCCGGAACGUAUCCGUCCGAACAGCCCGCCACCGUCCAUCGUUGGAUUCUAAUCAAUGAUGCGCGUUUUCCUUUCUCUCUUCCACCGAAUAACAAUAAUAACAAUAAAUAAAUAAUAUAAGAACUUAUAGUAGUGUUUGCUGUUGUCUGUUGUACACUUAUCCGGUGUCUAAGAUCUCUGGUCUUCGAAUACUUCCCGCGCGUGUAAGUUCCGUGUGGCUUAUUAAGUUUCUGCUCCCGUGUAAUGGAGGUGGACGAGUUCGAUUCGGGCCGUUCGUCGUCGACAAUUUCGUCGAUAAACAGCUUGUUCUCGUUUACUAGCCCGGCCGUUAAGAAAUUGUUGGGCUGGAAGCAGGGCGACGAAGAGGAGAAAUGGGCUGAAAAAGCCGUCGACGCUCUUGUCAAGAAACUGAAGAAAACCAAAGGCGCUAUCGAAGAGUUGGAAAAAGCGCUCAGCUGUCCGGGACAACCGAGCAAGUGCGUCACCAUACCAAGAAGUCUCGACGGACGAUUGCAGGUGUCGCAUCGUAAGAGCUUACCUCACGUCAUAUACUGCCGUGUUUGGCGAUGGCCAGAUCUCCAAACCCAUCAUGAGCUUAAGCCUCUUGACCAUUGUCAAUUUCCGUUCUCUACUCAAAACAAACAGAAAGAUGUUUGUAUUAACCCUUAUCAUUACAAACGUGUUGAAAGUCCUGUCCUACCUCCUGUAUUGGUACCAAGACAAAGUCAGCUACCUCCUAUGAUGUUCCGUCAAAUGCCGGAAAAUCUUCAGUACAAUAAUUAUAAUCAAGGACCCAAUUCUCCAUCAUCAAGUCCUCCGCCAAAUAGUCCCUUUCAGAGCAGCGCACUAUCAGAAUUAGGAAGUUCUCCUGGGCCUGAUGAUAAAGCUAUGAGUCCUACAUCUGGAACACAAGUUUUAUACCAGGAACAAGCUAGUUGGGCAAGCAUAGCAUACUAUGAAUUAAAUAGUAGAGUUGGAGAACUAUUUCAUUGUCAAUCUCCUGUUGUAGUUGUGGAUGGUUUCACUAAUCCAAGUAAUAAUUUAAACCGAUUUUGCCUUGGACAACUUUCCAAUGUAAAUCGAAAUCAAACAAUUGAAAACACUAGGCGACAUAUCGGAAGAGGGAUUCAAUUACAUUACAUUGGCGGUGAAGUAUAUGCAGAAUGUUUAUCAGACUCUGCAGUUUUUGUACAGUCACGUAACUGCAAUCACCAUCAUAAUUUUCAUCCAUUAACUGUGUGUAAGAUACCGGCUGGAUGUUCUUUACGUAUAUUCAAUAAUCAACAAUUUGCAACUUUACUCACAGAAUCUGUGAAUUCAGGUUAUGAAGCCGUAUUUGAGCUUACAAAAAUGUGCACAAUUAGGAUGUCAUUUGUGAAAGGCUGGGGCGCUGAGUAUCAUCGACAAGAUGUUACUAGCACACCUUGUUGGAUUGAAAUCCAUUUAAAUGGACCGUUACAAUGGUUAGACAAAGUUUUAUGUGCCAUGGGAUCCCCUCACAAUGCUAUAUCAUCUGUUUCAUAGGCCAACAUGCUUUUUACAUUUAUUUGUCUAGUAUCAAGGUGUUAUUUUUUUUUUUGUUUUAACUAAAUUUUCAAUAUGACUUAAAUACACAAGUUAUAUACAAUAUUAGUAAAAUAAUUUUGCUACAAAAUACCAGGUAUUUUUAUAUUAAAUAAACUUAUGAAAUUUAACUUUUUGUAAAUUAAAAUUAGUUUAUUUUGCUGUACUAUAUGUUUGGUGCUCGCUAUUCUUACUACUAUAUAUUUUUUUUUUUUUGUUAAAGACCAUUUAUUUGUUGUGUUUUUUUUAUCCUAAAUAUUUAAAGCUUUUUAAAAAAAAUUGAAAUACGUUUGAGACUUGAGAGAUAUACUACAUAUUUUCUUCUAAAAUUUAUUUGACAUAUUAGUUAUACAUUUUGCAAAAUAGGUAUGGUAAUAUUGUUAUGCUCUCUAAUCAAAUAUAUUAUAUUUGUUUGAUGAAUUAUUACUAGCAUCUAUAAAUAAUCUCACUAGAAAGGCGCAAUAGUAUAUAAUUUCUAAAAUUUGUUUUACCCCUUCCAAGUAUACAUGAAAAUUAUAGAGGAUAAUUUUAUCUAAACUCUAUUCAGAAAAAGACUGUCCACUUUCACGCAUGACAUCCGAGAACAGUUGGACUCCUUUGAGCUGUGCAACCGAUGUUGUUCCUUGUUUUCAGCGGCUGCUACCAUGUAAAUUAGAGGGGCUGAGUGACAACCAGUUUUUGCCAUUUGAGUGGGCAUUAUUAUUCUGAAUAAAGUAUAGGUCUGUAGCUAAUGAACUAUAUUUUAUAUUUUUAUUAAUUAGUUAAAUAAUUUUAAGAAUAAAAUAUAAAAAUACUUAAAAUUUAUCAUAAAAUAUUGUUUGUUUAAAAUGGGAUACUAACAAUUGGGAAGAUGAAUGUAGAUAAAAUUUUCCUCCAUAUUUUUUAUAGUAGGUAUUUUUACUGUAAGACCCUUCUGUAAGCUGUAUUUUUGGAAGGCGCAAAAUAUGUCAUUCUUUAAAAAAGAUGUGUAUUCAUUUUUUUUUCUGUUGCUUUUAUUCAGUGAUGAUUGCAUACUUGCUUAUAAUAUACAAAAUGAUAACUAUGUCUUGAUAAGUUGUAUUUUCCGCUAUUUUCUUUUUAACCGAUAAUGCACUCUGUUCUUGAAUUGCAUACUUAUAAGUUAUAACGUUCAAAUUUUAUUAUGAAUAAUUAUUUUAGUAAAUUACAAUUGCUCAUUCAAAAUGUUCAUUUUAGUUUGUUUAUAACUUAUUAAAUAAAUAAUGGUAUGCUGCUUACAAUGACAGUAUAAACUAUAUACAGGGUGUUUUAUGAUGUUUUUUUUCUUUGUUUCUUUUAAAUAGUGAGGCAACAAUGUACUUUUGUAGUUUGUCUCAAUCGGAAUAACAUAAAACAAUCUGUAAGUUAAUAAUUUUGUAAAGUCGUUAUUAUUUUAUAGUACUAUAGUAGGCGUGCAAUAAUGAGAAUAUUAUGUAAGCUGUAUAUUUAUAUUGUUGAAUUUUAAAUAAGAGUUUGUUCAAUGUUCCCAAUGCGUUCAGUAAUGUAAUAUUUAUGUUUGGUUUAUUAUUAUAUUACAUAUAUUUUUUUUAGUUGUAUACAUUAUUCCUAAACUUUUUAGUUUAUUGUCUACAAAUAUUAUUCAUAAAUAUGUUAUAUUGAUCUUAUUUUAUAAAUAUUUCGAAUGUGAACCAUAGUUUUUUGUGAAAAAAAAAUAUAUUUUGCUAGAAAGACAAUA